GGGUAUUAUGUUCAGUCGUGAUCUGUUCAACUAACAGGUUACAUCGCAGAUUUCGUUCGUUUUGUGUUUUUUUUAGUUUUGUGUUUAAUUAUCCUAAAACUUAAGCAGAAAGAAGAUGGCAUUGAAUUUAACGGUCUUUGCCGUCUUAAUAUUGUUGAUUGUUGUGCAAGCAUCUGAAAAAACUCAGACCGGUCUGUACACAAUCAUUGGAUCCCAACAACUCAGUUAUCAUCGGCCAUAUUACGUAAGCGUUAGCGUCCACAAUACUACUGAACCUGCGAUCGUUCGUUUGAAAUUGGUGCACGAGUCCAACGAGACGGAAACCGAAAUCGUACACGAAGUUACCGUGCAACCGUGGACCACCGAAUUGGUUGAAUUUGAGACUAGUACGUUUGUAUCGAAACCGAAUUCAUUUUAUCGAUUGAUUGCUGAUGGCAUCGACAAAAUUGAUUUCCACAACGAAACUGAUCUCACUUUGUCGGAAAAGUAUUUUUCAUUUUUGAUACAAACCGACAAGGCCCUGUACAAACCGGGAGAUUUGGUUCGGUUCCGUGUUGUCGUCAUCGAUAAAGAUACAAAAGCUCAUGACCUGAUCGAUACGUUACAAGUGAAUGUCUACGAUGGAGCCGGAAAUCGUAUAAAAUUGUAUGCUAAUCAGUCGACAGCUCACGGUGUUUUCACGAAUGAAUUCCCGUUAUCCGAAUCGCCAGUUAUGGGUCAAUGGAGAUUAGUAUUUAUCAGCGGAAGUGAGGAAAAGUCACACUCGUUUGAGGUGGGCGAGUAUGUUUUGCCAACAUUCGAGGUGUUCGUUGAAACACCGGAACAUGUGCUCUACAAUGAUAAAAUGAUUCGUGCGAAUGUUCGUGGAAAAUAUACGUUCGGGAAACCUGUUCACGGAGAGGCCAACUGUACGGCCAAUUGGAACAGCAAACAAGUCAAUAAAUUGGUGAAAGUGACGACGAAAGGAUCACUUGAAAUUGACAUUGUCGACGAAUUGGAAGUGGAUUAUGCGAAUUCGAAUUACAUUCAAUUGGAGUGUACGCUGGAAGAAGAAUUCACCGGGCGUAAACAGUCGAAAUCGAUGGGAAUUCAGGUGCACCGAUUCCGAUACAGCAUUGUCAAGCAGUCGUACCAUUACGAAUAUUUCGAUGGGCAACCGUUCGAAUUUGAUAUUCGCGUUCAAUUGUACGAUGGCACACCGAUUCGAAAUGAACCGGUGGAAAUUUGGUGGAGCACCGAUUUGAGUGCAGCAGACGGUGUUGGAUCAGAAACGGUACAGACGAAUAGCGAAGGUGUGGCGAAUGUGAAGUUCGUAUUUCCGGAGGGAAAGGUCACCGUUUAUCUGAUGGCAAAAUAUAAAGAUCAUGCUGAAGGAUUGGGACAUUUCACUUCAUCGAUUUAUCACGGCAAGGAGGCCACGUUGCCAGAAUUCGAGCUGAAAACAAAUGACACAGACGUUUCCGUUGGUGAUACUGUAAAAAUGCAACUGGUGUCACGAGUUCCGAUCAAACAUUUUACCUAUCAAGUGUUCGGUCGCGGCAAUAUUCUCAUCUCAAAUUCCCAAACCGUUCCCGACCAAACCAACUUUGAAUUCGAUUUUACCACAACCUUCGACAUGGUGCCGAACGUACAAGUGGUCGUUUACACAAUACGCGACGAUGGCAAUGUGAAUACGGCGUCCCGAACUGUUUUCCUCCAGAAGAAGCUCCCGAAUCAAAUUACUUUGGAAUCGGCCAUCAACGAAACGGAACCGGGCAUGGAAUAUGACUUGAAAAUUGUCACUGCACCGAACUCAUAUGUUGGACUGUUGGCCGUUGAUCAAAGUGUCUUAUUGCUGAGAACCGGAAAUGAUAUAUCGGUUGAUGAUGUUACGGGUGAAUUGGAUCGUUACAAUGCGGUGCAGCAUCGAAGAAACCACUACCAUCAGCGAUAUUAUUGGUCGCAGGAAAUUUCAACCAUCGAAAAUGCUGGAAUGUUUGUCCUGAGCAAUGUGAAGGAUUUUAUACGGAGACCGAUUGAGGAAAUCACGUAUCAGUCAACGCCGAGUUAUGUACGAUUUGGAGGUGGUAUGGGUUCUGCUGGAAUCCCUGGACCUCCGCAGGUUUCCGCCUUUUCCUCUGCUGCUUUUGUACAUAAGGAAUCAAUAUCGAAUGAUGGCCAGUCGGCUGGUGUAACUGUGCGUAAAGACUUUCCGGAAACAUGGAUUUGGGAUGGCGUUCAAGUAGAAAGCGGCGAACAACACUUCACAAAACGUGUUCCCGAUACAAUCACGUCCUGGGUGAUAACGGCAUUUUCGCUGAAUUCGGACAACGGCAUCGGGUUAACCAAAGAACCGACCAAAAUGACCACAUUCAAAUCAUUUUUCUUGGCAGUGAGUCUCCCGUAUUCGGUAAAAAGAGGCGAAAUUCUGUCGAUUCCGGUGACUAUUUUCAAUUAUUUGGACUCAACGGUCAAUGCGGACGUAACAUUUUUCAAUGAAGACAACGAAUUCGAGUUUGUCGAUCUGAAUGACGAAGCCAAUGAAAUUGUGAAUGCUGAUCAUCGUCGCCAACGACAGGUAUCGGUAAAGUCCAAAGACGCUUCCGGUCUCUUUUUCUCGAUUCGACCACUUAAGGUGGGCCAAAUAACCAUUAAAGUCGUUGUCGAAAGUGCGGUCGCUGGUGAUGGAAUUCAGAAAAUUUUACUCGUAACGCCAGAGGGUGUCCCGCAAUACGCAAACAAAGCGCUUCUGUUAAAUCUACCCGAUGAUGGAACGGCCGUCGAACAUGAAUUUACUGUCGAUUUACCUGAACAUACCGUACCCGACUCGACAUUCAUUCAAGUAACUGCUGUGGGCGAUCUUCUCGGACCGUCUGUCAAGAAUUUGGGUCGCUUGAUUCACAUGCCAAGUGGUUGCGGUGAACAGAACAUGUUGAAAUUUGUACCGAACAUUGUGGUGCGAAAUUAUUUGAAAGCAAUCAAUCAGUUGAGCGAUGAUCUGGAAGAGAGGACGCGUUUAAAUCUGGAAAUUGGCUAUCAACGACAGCUGGCUUAUCGACAUUACAAUGGAUCGUUCAGUGCAUUCGGAAAACAAGAUCGCCGAGGCAGCACCUGGCUGACUGCAUUCGUUGCCCGAUCGUUCCAACAGGCGUCCAAGCAUAUUGACAUCGAACCACGUAUCAUCAACGAGGCAUUAAAUUUCCUGAAUGUGACACAGUCAGAAAACGGCAGUUUCCCCGAAUACGGAGACGUGAUUCAUCGACAGAUUCAAGGCGGCGGAGAUAAAAAUGUUGCGUUAACUGCCUACACUUUGAUCGCAUUCCUCGAAAAUCAGGAAGCGUUCCCCGACUACGAAGACAAUAUCAAACGAGCGACCGAAUUCAUUGUUAAGCAUUUAGACGUUCUGGACGAUGUGUAUUCCAUCAGUUUGGCUGCGUAUGCCCUACAAUUGGCUAAGGACUCGAAUAAAGAUGGAGUUUUACGCGAUUUGAAUGCGAAAGUUAUAACCGAAUCGGAUCUGAAAUACUGGAGCACGCGAAAGUCGGAAGGGGCGACGUACUAUCCAAAUUCAAUCGACACAGAAAUCACUGGCUACGCUAUGUUGGCUAAUUUGCUUGCCGAUCGUACCGACGAUGUGGUGCCUGUGUUGAAGUGGCUUUUGGCUCAACGUAAUGAACGCGGUGGUUUCCAUUCUACUCAGGAUACCAUUGUUGGACUACAAGCAAUUGCCACUGUUGCUGGAAGAGUGACUGGUUCAUCAACGGACAACGACGUUAAAGUCGAUCUAACGUAUGAUGGUAACAGUACAGCGAUCGAAGUAAAUUCCGGCAACGCCCAAGUUUUUCAACAAUUCCAAAUACCGAGCCAGGUGCGCAAGAUCAAUGUCAAGGCAUACGGUACUGGUUUCACAUUGUUAUCAUUGUCGUACAAGUACUACGUCAACGAAAGUGCUGCUUUGCCCCGAUUCACCAUUGAGCCUAACGUCAAACCAAUCACAUAUCCGAGCUCAUUGGAAUUCGAUGCAUGCGUAGCAUUCAUACCCAACGCUGCCGCUGAUGAUGGUGCCAGUGAAUCGAAUAUGGCUGUAAUGGAAAUUGACUUGCCAAGUGGUUAUCAAUUCGAUGCAGAUCAACGACAGGCCUUGCAGUGGACACAAUCAGUUAAGAAAUUGGAGACACGAAAUGAUGAUACGCAAAUCGUCUUGUAUUUUGAGCAUUUGACCGCUGAUAAAAUUUGUCCACAAAUAAAAGCCAUACGAACGCAUAAGGUUGCGCAUCAGAAACCGGCUGCAAUUGUAGUCUACGAUUAUUACGAUACGACGCGCAAAUCUAGAGUUUUCUACAAUACGGACGAGAAAUCACUUUGUGAUAUUUGCGAAAACAAUUGCCCCGAUAAGUGUAACGCUUAAGUCAAUGCCAUCAUGUAUCAUCAAUGGAGUAUACCUAUGAUUGUAUCUUCGAAAAAGCAAUGAAUAAAUACUGAUUUUCUAAAUGCAU